AUGAUAGCUAAAAAGAUCGAGAGACAUUUCUCACGAACAGUCCAAGCAUAAAAAUAAUCAAAAAAGAAGAUGAAAUUUGUUGAAUAGGUAUCAUUCAAAUUGAUUUGUGUAUAGUCCGAUAGGUUUUUAUAAGUCAACGAAGACUCUCCUAAGUUAAGUUAGGACAACGUAGAAACAAGAAAAAGUUUGACUUCGAGACAUCUUAAAGAAAAUGAGGCUUAAAUUUCAGGUCCAGAGGAGGCUUUCUUGAGAGGACAUGAUGCUUAAAAUGAUUCAUAAGUAAAGUGCUUUUAAUAAACUUAUCUAGACUGUCACACCUCUAGCUGUUCCAGAGGGUUAAGAUCUCGAAUAAAUUCCAAGUCUUGAACAUAAUCUCUUUCCGGAGUACAAUUCUAAAAAGUAUUAUUUUUCAAAUAACUUCUUCAGUAAAUAGAAAGCGACAAAAAGAAAAGUCUUGCUCAAAAGAUUUAAGUCUCACUAAAAGUCAUUACUCGCAAUGGACAGUAAUACUUCUUUGCCAACAGCAGUGGAUUUACAAUUCGAGAGUCAAUUUUUAGAAAAGAAUGAAUCAGACAAUAAAUCAUUUUCAAAUAAUCAAAAACCAGUUCAUGAAUCUAAUGAAGAGUCGAAAGAGGGGGAAUUAUUUAAAUAAAUUCAAACUGAAGAUUUUAAUUAACAUAAAAAUAGAAAAACUUAUUACACUGAUAAAUUAAUAAGCUUGAUCAAAGGAGAUUACGUCGAUACUUUUAUGGCGUAAAUGUAUCUCAAUCAUUUUAUUUAAACCUAUGGAAUUCUCUAAAAAUCAAAGUUAUUAAAAUAACCUGAAAGUUAUGAAAUGUAAUAAAAAAUCAACCCCUAAAUAAGUAAUCAUCAUAAUAAUUUUCUAAGAGAGAUAAAAGACAUUGGUUAUAGAUCUAGACGAAACCUUAGUGCAUUGCAAUGAAUCAAAUCUUAUGCCAAAAGAUCUAGUGAUAAACAUUAAAUUAAACGAUACAUUAACAGUGAAAGUAUCUAUUCGAAGUAUAUUCAAAUUAGGCUGAAAUUAGUGUUCGACCAUAUGCUCAGCAAUUUUUAUAAAAAAUGGCUCAACACUUUGAAAUUAUGAUAUACACUGCUUCAAAUGAAGAUUAUGCGAAUUAGAUAAUAGACUAUUUAGAUCCAACAAAAUCAUUGGUGAAGUAUUGUCUCUAUCGAAAUGAUUGCAUAAAUCUCUCAGAAGGAUGUCAUAUAAAAGACUUAAGAACUUUGAACAGAAAUUUAAAAGAUAUAAUCCUAAUUGAUAAUUCUGCUUAUUCCUUUGCUUACCAAUUGAACAAUGGAAUCCCAAUCAUUCCAUAUCUUGAUAACAAAAAGGAUGAUGUAAUAUUUUCAUAAUACGUUUUAAUAGGAAUUAAUGGAAUUGGAGAAGUACUUGAUGGAAUUACUAAAUGUUGAUGAUGUAAGGAUAGAGAAUGAGAAGAAUUUUAGAUUGAAGCAGAUAUAAAAUAGUAGUUCAAUAUAACAAGCUGUUAAUUACUUGAUGUGUAAUUGA